GGGGACCUCGUCACAGGCUCUGUGGAGGCUACGGCGGCGGUUGCAGCGAACUCUGGUUCCGCCUCAGUUCGCUGUAGCUUUUGGCACCAGGAGGGCGAGGGUUCCGGACCUCUCUUCUUCGGGGCAGAGCCUCUCGGCGCCUUCCCCGAGAAGCCGGACCCCUUGGCCUCGCGGGCGCCUCAGUCGGAACCACUCCCGGCUGCAGCCCCUCGCGGGCCGGCGGUAACCGCGCCUCGGGCCGGACGAUGCCCAAGAAGCUGUUGCUGCUGCCCCCGCUGUCCGUGUCCUCCGCCUUCCGCGCCCCGCGAGCCAGCCCCGCCGCACGCCAGGCCAUGAACGCCGCCCGCACCGGCUACCGAGUGUUCUCGGCCAACUCCACGGCCGCUUGUACCGAGCUGGCCAAGCGCAUCACCGAGCGUCUUGGUGCUGAGUUGGGGAAGUCUGUGGUAUAUCAAGAGACCAAUGGAGAAACAAGAGUUGAAAUAAAAGAAUCUGUUCGUGGCCAAGAUAUUUUCAUUAUACAGACCAUACCCAGAGACGUGAACACGGCGGUGAUGGAGUUGCUGAUCAUGGCCUACGCGCUGAAGACGGCCUGUGCCAGGAACAUCAUCGGCGUCAUCCCCUACUUCCCCUACAGCAAGCAGAGCAAGAUGCGGAAGCGGGGCUCCAUCGUGUGCAAGCUGCUGGCGUCCAUGCUGGCCAAAGCGGGUUUAACUCACAUUAUCACUAUGGAUCUCCAUCAAAAGGAAAUUCAAGGCUUUUUCAGCUUUCCUGUGGACAACCUCAGAGCCUCCCCUUUCCUGCUUCAGUAUAUCCAGGAAGAAAUCCCAAACUACAGAAACGCAGUCAUUGUGGCUAAGUCUCCUGAUGCUGCAAAAAGGGCCCAGUCGUACGCCGAGCGGCUCCGCCUGGGCUUGGCCGUCAUCCACGGGGAGGCUCAGUGUGCGGAGCUGGACAUGGACGACGGCCGCCACUCGCCCCCGAUGGUCAAAAACGCCACUGUGCACCCCGGCCUGGAGCUGCCACUGAUGAUGGCCAAGGAGAAGCCGCCCAUCACGGUGGUCGGGGACGUCGGCGGGAGCAUCGCGAUCAUAGUGGACGACAUCAUCGACGACGUGGAGAGUUUCGUGGCCGCCGCGGAGAUCCUGAAGGAGAGGGGCGCUUACAAGAUCUACGUCAUGGCCACUCACGGCAUCCUGUCUGCAGAGGCCCCCCGCCUCAUCGAGGAGUCCUCCAUCGACGAGGUGGUGGUGACCAACACCGUCCCCCACGAGGUGCAGAAGCUGCAGUGCCCCAAGAUAAAGACGGUGGACAUCAGCCUGAUUCUCUCUGAGGCGAUCCGCAGAAUCCACAACGGGGAGUCCAUGGCGUACCUCUUCCGGAACAUCACCGUGGACGACUAGCUCCGCGGUGGCCCUGGCCCCGGAGCUGCGGCGGAGACCGGGCCUCCGGCCGUGCGCACCAGCACGGGGUCACUCGGGCUCUCGCGUGCGUCUGGCGCGCAGGAGGCGUGCAGGUGGUCACGAGGGAGACCCGGCUAAUGGAUCACUGGCCUUAACCGUGUGCCCUUGUCGUUCUGCCCCUUAGGGAGCGGUCACAGGCACCCUCCUGAACAGAGUCUGAAAGUCUUUCAGUGUCGGAGAGGAGUUCACUGCAGACCAAGUUCUAACUCUGUAAUGUCCUUCCGGUGGGCUCGGCCUCAGGGAGGUGCGCGGGGGGCUGGCCUUGCCCAGGGAUGCAGAGCGCCCUGGCACCACCUCCAUUCCAGCCGUCCUCCCUGCAGCCGCGCUCACGCGGACUUUCCUGGGGAUGGCAUGGUCCCUGAGGGACUGCUGCGCCUGCAGCCCUGGGGCCGAGGGCGUUCGUGGUGUCACCCCCCCCCCCCCCCGCAGGGGCGCCAGGUCAGAGGAGGGCCCCCUCUCUGGGCGUCUGCAGGGCUCUUCAGUGCAAGUAAAAGAAUCUGUUGCCAUGCUCGCCUCUUCACACCACUGCGCAGACGCCACUGUCGUGCCCCCUGGUGGCUGACCCGGUCCCAACUCUGCCGGGGGUGCGGGCUGCACAGCGAAGGAUGGCGGGGUGCCUGGCUGGCCCCGGUCCCUGAACACGUCUCCCUCUGCAGGGCCUACCCCUUUCUAAGCAUUGACGUUGAAUAAUAUAGUUAGGAUCUAAGUUUGCAGAAAAAAAAACAAAAAAAAAGAACUAAUUGUGCCUCUUUCAAUUGUAGGCGACACUUGUGUCUGUUGCACUGCCGAGGACUGCACUCGGCCCUCCUGCCCCCCGUUUAGGGUUAUAGAAUCAGACUUCUUUCUUACACCCCAGUCAUCAGGUACAAACUUUCUGUGCCUUCGAGGCAAAUCCAGGUCGCGGCUGAAUGUCGUCCGAGGAGGAGGGACGUCUGCCGUGCAGUGGCCUGGAGUUGCUUACGGGUUCUGCUGGUUCCUGAGAAAUAAUAAAGGACAGUUCGCACACUG